UCGGGGAGGAGCAAAACACCGAAGGGGAAGACAGAGCAGUGUUGCCAGAUUGGCCCUGAUUUCCCGCCCAAUCUGGCAACACUUCCCAACAUGUGUUGCCAGAUUGGCCCGGAAAUCCGGCAACAUUUCUGGCACAAUCUGGCAACACCGAAGGCAGCGAUAUCCAGGCGAUUGCGCUUGAAUAUCAUAGUUACAAAGAAAAGGAGUGGAACCAACACCUGCACCUGCGCACUCUUCGGUAACUAAAGCCAAUCCUGAUAGAAAUCAUAGCUUCGCGCAAGUUUGCGUUACUGCGGUAUGAUGAUGAUGUUGAAGUACCGAUGCUGAUGCUCCAUCGCGAGUGGUUCCAUAGGCCAACACUGCCUCUCUGGUGGCACCGAUGGUCCAACCUCGGAUGUUAUUAGCAAAUUGGAUAUUUAUUUGGCUUCCCCAUGCCAUUGAUAAGCUUUAUUCAAACGAUUCAAUGGUAAUAUAUUGGUCGAAAUGUUUUUCCUAUACGUGAUACUGAUGAUGGGUUAGUAGCGGUCGUGGCUCAGGCUCAAGAUCGAUGGUUAGAAUAAAACUAGUAGGAACUUGAUGCGGGAGAUCACCGUGCACGACCCGGCAGGGUGACGCUGACCUCACUGACUAGUGACACCUGACCCCUAAUACCCAGCCAGCAGCGACCAACUGCCAGCAGUGACCAGGUCGGGACAAGGACGAAGUGAGCAUGGCUUCUAGUCAGAACAGAUCCGCGCCAGCAGUGGAUAUCUCCGCUGAAGUCAAGAAGACUGAGCUCAGGCCCAAUGAGAAAAAAUGUUCGUGGGCCUCCUACAUGACCAAUUCACCGACGGUGAUCGUGAUGAUCGGUUUACCGGCCCGGGGGAAAACCUACAUCUCCAAGAAACUGACACGCUACCUCAAUUGGAUAGGAGUACCGACCAAGGUGUUCAAUCUUGGAGUUUAUAGGAGGGAAGCGGUGAAGUCGUACAAGUCCUACGACUUCUUCAGACAUGAUAACAAAGAGGCCAUGUUAAUUAGAAAACAUUGUGCUCAGGUGGCCCUUCAGGAUGUCAAAGCCUAUCUCAACGACGAGGGAGGACAGAUUGCAGUGUUCGAUGCGACCAACACAACCAGGGAAAGGCGGGAAAUGAUUCUAAAUUUUGCAAUAGAUAAUUCUUACAAAGUGUUUUUUGUGGAGUCUGUCUGUGACGACCCAGACGUCAUUGCCACAAAUAUUAUGGACGUGAAAGUGUCCAGCCCAGACUACCCCGAGAGGAACCGAGAGAGCGUCAUGGAAGAUUUCCUUAAGAGAAUCGAGUGCUACAAAGUGACCUACCAGCCCUUGGAUCCUGAUGAACAUGACAAGGACCGCUCGUUCAUCCAGGUGAUCGACGUGGGCCGCCGCUUCCUGGUGAACCGGGUGAAGGACUACAUCCAGAGCAAGAUCGUGUACUACCUCAUGAACAUCCACGUCCACUCCCACUCCAUCUACCUGUGUCGCCACGGCGAGAGCAGCCACAACGUGGACGGCCGCAUCGGGGGCGACUCUGAGCUCUCUGGGCGCGGCAAGCAGUUUGCGGGGGCGCUGCAUGGCUUUGUGGAGGAGCACCACCUCUCUGACCUGAAGGUGUGGACCAGCCAGCUAAGGAGAACCAUCCAGACCGCCGAGGAGCUGGGCGUGCCCUACGAACAGUGGAAGAUCCUGAACGAAAUAGACGCCGGUGUGUGUGAAGACAUGACCUACGAGAUGAUCAAGGAGAAGCACCCAGAGGAGUUUGCCAUGAGGGAUCUGGACAAGUACUUCUACCGCUACCCCGGAGGAGAGUCCUACCAGGAUCUGGUGCAGCGGCUGGAGCCGGUUAUCAUGGAGCUGGAGAGACAGGGGAACGUCCUUGUCAUCUGCCACCAGGCCGUCAUGCGCUGUCUCCUGGCCUACUUCUUGGACAAGAGCGCUGAUGAUCUGCCCUACCUGAAGUGCCCUCUGCACACCGUCCUGAAGCUCACCCCCGUGGCCUACGGUUGUGAAGUGGAACAGUUUGACUUGAAGGUGGAGGCUGUUAACACGCACAGAGACAGACCUUUAGUCAAGGGUCAACCAGAUGGCGUGCCGACGACCUCCUCCCGGCGGAACAGCUUCACACCGCUGUCAAGCCAGGACCAAGUGAAGCGACCUCGCAUGUACAGCGUUGGUAACCCCCCGCUCAGACGGGCCCAGGCUCCUACUCUUCCCAGCAUGCAUUUCUCCGAAGCCUCUGAGGACAAUCUGAAUGGCUUCGGCCCAGCAGAAGCAGGCGACGGAGUGCGGAAUAAGAUGUUAGAAAAACCUCUAGCAUGAUAAUGGUUCUCAUCUUGUAUCUUGGGUAUUCAUCUAGCUCAAAUCAGCCAUUUAAGGUCACGUCUAUUUUAGAACUGAGGAGGGAGGGAGGGAGGGGGGGUGUUGACCGGGUCUUGCCUUCUGCGUUGCCAUAGUUGUUGUUGUUGUUGUGUUAGAUUGAUGAGCGAAUUAGAUGAGCGAAUGAGAGUAAGUGUCUAAAAACAGCAGGUAUGAAUCGUAUAAAUAAUGAAGUGAACGAAUGAGGUUAAUUUAUUAUGUUUUAAAUGUGGUCUGAAUGGUGGGCUAAGCUUCACUGUAAUCGCUGAACCACUUGUUAAUCAUGUCAAAUCUGUGCCUUGUGCCGUUCAACGGCUGAUUGUUCAAGGAAAGCCUCACACAGCCUUGGUUUGCUGCAGAUUAAAAUUCCUUUUCUGUCUUUUUUUCCAUUGUUUGAAGGUGAACAAUGAUUUUAGCAAUCUGAAAUGUAAAAUGUAUUUUGCUUCAGAUUCAUAAUGUACAUAUUUAGGGGAACUUGUAGUUUUGUAUAAAAACCUAAUAUGGAAAAAUGUAACACCACUGGUUUUUUGUCAAAUGUUUUUCUCAUUGAUGCCUGGUUGUUUAUUCUAUACAGUUUUGCAAUAAGUGUUCAUUUGUGACAUUAAUGAUUCAAUGUUAUCAGACUUUAUGGCAUAGGUAAUCUGAUCUAGAAGAUGUUAAUAUCUGUCCAUUUUCCAUGAUACGUUAUUGAUGUAGAUAGUUAAAUGAAGUUUGAAACGGCUUUGUCUUUUUAGAGCCUUUAUCAUAACAGGAAAUUCCUUUCCUUCUGGACAAAGAGGGUUUAAAAACAUCAAAAUUAAAAACAGUUAAGCACUUGCCAUCAAAUAACUAUUCUCAAAUGGGUCCUAAAACUAUUUUCUAGCAACAUCAGUUUUAGCAAUACAAGCAAAUUUAUAGACUAUAUAUUUUUAGAAUCGGCUCAGAAGUCUUUGGUAUGAAGAGCUGAUAUGAGCCAAACAACUUGAGAUAUUUGGCAGCAUUCUGUUUAGCAUUCCAACUCUUCCUGGUCUCAGAAGCGAUGCUAAUUAUAAGUUGAUACUAAUCAAAAAAAAUCAGGAGGAACUUUGAAAACACUCAAAAUUGUUUGACUUUGUAUCAUCUAAUCCAAAGGAAUACUACUUGGAAUCACACCAGUGGGCUAAGAGAAGAAAGCAGCUCCCUUGGUCGCCCCUUUGCAGAGGGCCUCUUGGCAAGCUGAAAUCUCUGCAAGGGCUUGUUCACACUACCUCCGUCCGUCCAUUUGGCUACGUGGCCUGCGUCAAAAAGUUGAGAAAUGUUCAACUUUUCAGGCAGCGCCGGAUCCGUCGGCCAAUCAGAUCGCGGUUAUGCAAACACACUUUCCUGGAUCCAUUUUGCAAUAACAAGCAGGAAGAAGCAAGAAAAAUCUGUCCGUUAUAUAUUUUUAAAGAAAUGGUGAGUAAUAGGAUAAUUGUUUUUAGUCACCUGCUGUUUGUGUCCUCUUUUGUAUUAAUAUCCACACAUCGGCUUUGUAGAGCGAUUUGAUUGGCUGCAGUAUAACUCUACAAAGACUGAUCUCCUAUACGUCAGACACGCCCUCGCCAUACGCCAACGGACGCAUGUAGUGUGAGCAAGGCGGCCUUCCUCCUCCCUAUCAAGGGUACUGGGAAGGAUCCUGAUUAUGGAUCCGUUUGACCAGACUAUCCAGAGAAUUGCCACAAAUUUCAUGAGGAACCAGUGUAAAUACCUUGACACCACUGUCCUGGAUCAUUGUUGCCUUUUGAAGCAAACACGGAUAUAAUCAUCAAAAAGUGCCAACAGCGUUAAUAUUUCCUGAGGAGCUAAACUCCUUGGGGGUAAACAGAAAUGCCCUCAAUCCUCAAGCACGAUCAUGUUCUCGUUUUCUUCAUCUUCUGGUUCUAAUGUCUUACAAUCCAAAACAAGAAACACGUUCAAAUAGGCCAGCCCUUGGGUCUCUGACCUCACUGCCUGGCCAGCAAACGCUUCAGUCAGCCCACUCCAUCCUACACCCCCCCAUGUCCUACACAAGGCCUUCGAACUGCUGUUCUCUGGUAGGUGAUAUAUGAAGGCAACCUUCACACUGUAGGCUGUUUAGUAGGCUGUUUGCCUACUAAACUCCAGGCGGCCCCCUCUUUCUCCUUCACCUGGGUGCGAUCACCACAUCUAAUGGUCCUUCACAGUACGACCCCCCCCCCCCCUUUCCACAGCCAUUGUGCUUUCCACUACCUUUUAAGAUUUUAUGAUUUAAGACUUUCAGAGCCACUUUUGGUCACUGCUGUGUAUAUUUCUGUGUCUGGCACGCGGCCACCCCAUCUCUACUGUCUGGUAGCUUCAGAAAUCGCCCCUCUGGAUAAAUAAGGUUU